AUGACACAAGGAAAUUUUGUAGACCUCGGUUACUACCAGCAGUGUCUAGCAAUCAGUGAAAACUUUGAGCCGUCAGACAUAGAGGGCAAGUACUGUAUGAUCAAUGUUCCACUGGUUCAAGAUGAGUUAAACUUACCAGUGUUGCCAGAAUGGCCAGAAGGUUCAGUGAGGUCCGGGGACUGGCCCAACCUUCCGUGGCAACAACCACAUAGUGACAUAUUCAGAAAUCUACAAAAGGUACGCACGGAAGCAGCAAAGUACAGUCGUAUGCCAGGACCUGAUGGUACGGAUUUUAUGAGGGUAACAGAAGACAGCCCGAUGGCUAAUGAAGUCUUCAGACUGGCAGUAUGUCUUCCUAAAGCGUGCACACCCAGGCAGUUCCUCGACACUGUGUUUAUCAACACCACUAGCGUGGGUUUACAACUCACGGAAGAGUAUUGCAGACUGAGGAAUGAUAAACCGUUUGCACCUGUUGAUUAUGCUGCUAUUUUGCUCACAUUCAACUCUGUGCCUGGAACUUUAGAGAGCCUGGAUGGAAUCAGAUCCAUAUCCAUGUUGUGGGUCAUCAUAUUCCACACUUAUGCUACCAAUGGGAAUACACACUUGUUUAACCGUCAAGAACUGUUCACGUGGAUGUAUUCAUUCUCGGCACUUUGGUUCGUGGCGUCUCCCAUUUCAGUGGACACCUUCUUCUUGCUGAGCGGACUGCUGAUUGUGUAUACCACUGUUGGGAAGAUAACUCCAAAGGGUCUCCUUAAAAACAUCCAUAUGUUCUAUCUUCACCGUUUAUUGCGGAUGUUUCCCAUUUUGGCCACCGCCGUGUUUCUCCAAGCGUCGUUGUUCAACCACCUCUCCGACGGGCCGGAGUGGCACAUCGUCGUUGAUAAAGUGGAACGGUGCAGGGCGUACUGGUGGGCCACCCUCACUUACGUGCAGAACUAUUUGGUGCAUGCACGGUGUAUUGGCCCUAGUUGGUACCUCGCUGUCGACAUGCAGCUGCAUAUACUCUCACCUUUCAUAUUAUUCUGGAUGCUCGGCAGAAAAAGAUCGGCAUGGAUUGCAUUAACUCUUGUCAUAUUGGUUGUCAUGGUGGUGUCGACAACGUAUAACUAUUUAAACAAGUUCCAGACCGCAUCGCGAUCGCAAGAAGAUGCCAUCCACUACCUACGGUACUACUAUCACAACACACUGACCAGAUGCUCGCCCUUCUUCGUUGGCAUGUUGUUUGGCUAUCUUCUUAAUAUGUAUAAAAGCAAACAAGUCCACAUGGCUAGAUGGUUUGUAGCAUUAUGCUGGUUCUGCGCCUUCGUGGUUUCCACUGGCAUCAUCUACUCCUCAUACCCCGUCCUGCAGAUGGACUGGGACAGCCCCUUCUGGGACGGCAUCAUCAACUCCUUCGCCAGGCCCGGGUGGGCUGUCUGUGUUGGCUGGGUGGUAUUUGCGUGUACACACGGUUAUGGAGGUCCUGUCAACUGGUUCCUGUCGCUCCGUAUGUGGAAGCUCCCCUCUCGGCUCUCCUACGCGAUGUACAUCUUCCACUAUUCCUUUAUGGUUGUUGUCAAUUCUACUUCUGUAUCGGUUGGCCACUUCUCCGUGGAACGCUUUUUCUACCGAUUCUUAGCUGACUUCGUGACGGCGUUUAUAGUCGCUUUUGUAGCGACAGUGCUGAUAGAUUAUCCUUUCGCUACGCUUGUAAAGAUGGCGAUAGGAGGAAGUAAGACUGGGAAGGCGACGGCGAAGACAAAAACAAGGAUGUGA